UACAUUUGUAAUAAAAUCAUGAUAUUUAUGCUCACAGUGAAUUGUAAAACUGCUGGUCUAGAACUCAUUUUAUUUACAUGGAGUUGGUUUGUUUCAGACAGACCUGGCAACCCUGGCAGCUUUAACCCCGCAACAGCAUUCAUUCAUUGAUUAGUUGGAAAGGCUGCGCUUGCCAUCUGAAGGGUGCCGGAUGUAGUUGAAGGACCUGUCCUGUGGCCCUCCCCCACAUCACUCCUCUCAUAUUCCCUGCACUGCAUGGCUUCACCUGACCGCAUCUCUCCUCCCGUCACCGUAGCCCUGAUCCGGCAGCCCCUCAUGCUUUGGACAAGGGCUGCUCACAGCCUGCCUCAUGACUGCCUGGAUCGUUCUGCCAGUCAGCCUGUCGGCGUUCUCCAUCACAGGGAUAUGGAUAGUGUACGCCAUGGCAGUGAUGAACCACCAUGUGUGUCCAGUCGAAAACUGGAUGUAUAAUGUGACUUGUAAUGAGGAAACAGCCAAGAGGGGCUUCCCCAAGACCUGCUGUACUCUACAGGACAUCCCUCUCAUCAGUAAAUGUGGCUGCUACCCACCUGAGAGCUGUCUCUUCAGUCUCAUAGGCAACGUCGGGGCCUUUAUGGUGGUGAUGGUUUGCAUGUUGCGUUACGCUCAUGUGAUUGAGCACAGCCACCAUUGCUGGGUCAACACGAGUGCGCUGGUGUCGGGUUGUAUUAAUGCUCUGGGACUCGUCAUGGUGGGCAACUUCCAGGUCGACCAUGCGAAGACUCUGCACUAUGUGGGGGCCGGUGUGGCAUUUCCUGCAGGUCUGCUCUUCGUAUGUCUGCAGUGUGUGCUCACGUACCGCAUUGCCGAGACAGCGCUGGACUUCUGGAUGGCCCAUGUGCGCGUGGCUCUGUCAGCUGGAGCGCUAAUCUCUCUCAUCCUCAGCGGCAUCUUCUUCAUUCACGAGAGCUUCGUGUUGCAGCACGCUGCUGCCAUCUGUGAGUGGAUCUUCACCGUUCUCGUCCUGGUCUAUUACGGAACCUUCACCUAUGAGUUUGGCAGCGUCAGCAGCGACACCAUGAUGGCUGCCCUCGUCAAUGGCAGGCCACACGACAGCUCGGGCUCAGGAGUCAUCAUGGGAGGCAUGGGGAAAAGCGUGCCCAUGGGCUGUGGUGCUCGCAGCAUGAAGUCACCUGGAGGAAGCAGCACCUCCACACACCUCAACUGCACCCCGGAGAGCGUGGCCAUGUUAUAGUGAACGGACGGGAGGUUAGGGCUCAGGUAAAUCACGGAUUUAAAGCUUCCUGGUCCGUGAGGUGCUGGAAGAGAGCAAUAGAUUAGGUGUAGAGUUCAUACAAGUGAAAUGUGCUGAUAAAAUUACGUAUAAUACAAAUAAUAUACUUUCUCAAAAGCAGCUUUCCAGCCCUAAAUAUAUAUUAAAGCUGGCAAUAAUGCCAAAAUACUGAAAGAGAAAUGUUAAGGUCCUUUCUAAUCAAUAGUAGCUGUAUAAUAUAGUUAUAAUUUUACAUUCAUCCACAUUCAUAAGGCCUGGGCCAAACUUCAAGAUUUAUAGAAUGUUAAAAAAUGUAAGGGACCCCAGUUAUAAUCACAGAUUUCACAGAUCCUUCAGUUAUCAAACUUCUCAGUUAUCAAAUAGUACAGUAUUGCUCAGAAAAAAAGCCCACACACUUUGAAGUCAUGUGUUGUUGCUAAUGAGUCAACCAGCUCUCCAGCGGCUUUACACUGUACAAUUUUCCACGCAAUUUCAAAAAUCGUAAACUCAUUUUUUGGUUGUGAAUUGAGAAUAUGCCCACUAAUGACUGAUCUAGUGCCAUUUUUGGCAAGUCCGUGUCUGAAUUUUUUAAAAUUAAAAUCUCAAUAUGAGUAGUGCUAUGACGCUCAUCUACAGUCCACCAGUAGGAGAAUGGUAUAAUGUUACACAAUACUCAUGGGACAGCUACAAAUAUGGUAGUGGUGAUGAGCGAAUACGAAUAUGAGCAUAAACGAAACAUGGAAAUGAGAGAAAAAUCUCAUUAUUAACUCAAGCUCAUGGAGAACGUUAUCACGCAAUCUGUUAUAGAGUUCAAUUUCAUUUGGAUCUCGUACAGUUUGAUAAGCAAAAGACAGCCGAAAUUGCACAGUGUAAAUCAGGCUUUAGUUAAACAUUCAGAUCCGAUUAGCAUUUCUGAAGACCCUUUUUUUGGAAAUGAAUAAAAGACAAAUAGAUCCUGUGACUUAGUCCUGAAAAAUUCAUCAAUCGCAUACAGUGAAACCAUCCAGCGAAACUAAUCAGCAUCUGAGUUGUUCAGCACGGAGUUGAGUUUUUCAGAACCUGACAGCUCGGAGAAUUUCUCCUGAGCAAACAUAACUUCAGAUUAAAACAAACAUGGUGGACGAAGGUUCAGCCUGUUCAGUCGUAUGCAUUCAACAUAAGAAUGUAAAUCUGUAUGAAGAAGAUGGCAAGUCAGAUAGAAAAGCAGUCACACCUUUCUUAUCAUCACGAGGACGUGUCACACUGAAAAGCAAAACCUUUGUCAAAUUACUCUUAUGUCAUGUUGUUUAUUUAUCUAUCUUUUUCUUUUUUAAGAAUGAAAUGCAAGUAAUUCCAUGUUGCAUUGCAUUUCAUUUUUAUCAGUGGGUUGCUGAAGUUUUCCACUGAAAUGCAAGCACUGUCCAAUCACAGUUCUAAGCCGUACUCAGGCAGUGAGUAAUCUGAGUGUUUUAUCUGAACAUAAUAGUUUAAGACUAGCCCAUAAACACCUUUUGCGAUCAUUACAAGGGGCAAAUCUGCCUCAAAAUUAAUCCGAUUAUCCUCUAGUGCAGCCCAGAUAUACGUUAUUCCAACGCAAUACAUGGCAAUACACUACUCAAUGAUGUAUGUUCAUCCACAGAGAUCUUCAUUGUUAUUUUUUAUCAUUAAAACAGCACACUGAAUAUUUAUGGAUAUAAAGAGUUGUAAAAGUGACAGUCUUGGUCUUGAUUGUACAGCAUGCAUUCUGUGCCAUUUUCCAGCACUCAUGAAGCUGUAUGUAGUAGACUUUUCCCUUCAAGAAGCAAAAACAAAUGCUAUGUACAUGAUAAACACCACCUGGGGCAGUUUUCCGAACUAAAUCUUCCUGAAGAUAUAAAUUAUUUUCUUUUUAAAUACUAAUCAUAGUGCCACGCUUUUUGUCAAUUAACAGUUUAUGAGCCAAACAUUCACGUGUACAGUUUACAUGCUGCUAAUCCGAUUGCUUUUGCACCACAAAGCAGUAUUAGUACUAAUUUAAAGACAUUUCUAAUGACUAUUUUUAUGUUCAACCAAUUCAGCUCAUAAGAUAUAUUCCUUUUAAUUUGUUAGCAAUAACUAUAUUUUACUACCUGGUGCUAAGACGAGGUAGAGGCAGUCAUUCAAGACGGUCCACACAGAAUUUCUCGUCGUAUGGUUAUUGUACGUUUGGUAGAAAAUCUGUUUAGCGCUUGUAAAUGAAUGCGUUUGCUUCAUGUUUUUUUUUUUUUUUCACUUUCUGAUUCAUAUCUUCCUCAUUUUCUUGUUUUUUUAAAAAAAAAAACAUAUUAUUGAUUACAAGUGACACUACAUGCUUCAAAAUAUUUUAUAGUUUCAGAAAUAACAGACCUGCUAAUGUGAAGCUCAAACAUGUCCUGAGUCUAUACAGUAUUUUAAUAUUUAGUCAGUGAUGGAAGCAAUGAUGAUUAUGAUGAUAAUGAUGAUGCCAGUGUAUUGUAGUAUGUUGUAUUUAUUAUUCAUUUGUUUGCUAUUUCUGACACUGCAAUAAUGCAAUACUGAACUGUGCCAAACUAGGGCUGGGCGAUAUGACGAUAUGAUAUCGAUUUCGUGAUAUAACAACACGAUACACUUUUCUAAGUUAUCGUCUGGUGUACUUUCUGCUUCGACAUUAACUUUUUUUGUAUUAACUGUACUAAUUUUUUCUUAAUGUUGAACGUAAUUACAUACGAUGAUACCUAAAGUGUAUCAUAAAGAUGUCCACAAGUAUAAUAUGUAUGGAAUAAAAGACUUUCAUGUGUAUGUGCUGUUAUAGGAAAAUAAACAGCACACCACACUGAAGUUAUUAUUUUCCUAUAACAGCAUGUCACAAAGUGUUUUAUUCCUCUUAUACUACAGCAAUUUGCAAACAUUUGCAGUUUUGUAUUUAUUAAAGGAUUAAACGUGUUCUUUUUAACCAUUUAUAGUUACAUUUUAAUGUUGCGGAACGUCCAUGAGACAAGUUAGUUCCUGUUAACAUUUACGACAUAGCAGCUAUAUACAGUCAAUCCUUCACCAGCAUCUAUUUUUUCCUCUCUUUGAAGUUAAAAAGUCUCGUGUUCUUGAGAAACCAGAAAGCACAAAGUCCUCUGUCCUGAAAACGCUCCCGUGUCAUCACACUGACACUGGAGACUCCUUCCAUAAACCUCUCCUUACUGAAAACUUCAAUUAUACAUUUUUCUUUAUUAAAUAACUUUUUUUUAUUAUUAUUCAUUUUAUUAUUAUUAUUAUUAUUAGGCUUGAAUUAUGUAGCGUGUCCUUCUGGUAUGAGCACAUUAAUAUACAGUAAACCUGUGAUUUGAAAGACAGCCGGCACUACUGUCAGAGCUGCUGUUAUAGAAAAUUAAUCAACACCUUCUGACCAAUCAGAUUCGGGAAAUCAACAGUGCUGUGGUAUGAAUAUGAUAUAUUGUAUAUGUAUAUGAUAUAUUUGCCAUAUCGCCCACCCCUAGUGCCUACAUACCUCUGUAAGAAUCUCUGUUAAACUACUGAAAGUUGAUUAAUACUUAACUUGUUCUGUAAUGGGCCAAAUUCAAAAAACUGGAAUGAAAUCUACUCUUGUGACAGUAACAGUGUUGUAAGAAACUAUGUGGUUAACACUUGGGUUCACACUCCGGUCAGAUGAUGCAAAGGUAAAGGCUGAUACUAAUCCUGAAUUGCUAAUCCUGAAAUGUUUCGUUAAAAUUUCAGAUUUUGAUCAGUAAUAUGUUUUUAUUACUUCUAAUCUGAGUAAACCUCAUAGAAUAACUUUGUCCUGUUAUACGAUGAUUAACUUUCUGCUGUAUGGAAGCAUGAAGGCUAAAUGAAUGAUGAAAUGGAUCACCA